AGCAACGAUGUUACUCGUGUUAUAAUGUUACGCACUGUUUCAUUUCUAGAACUCAACAUUACAGUUCUUCAAACUAUAAUUCUACCAUGUGAUGAGCAAGAGGGCCAUCCUACCCCAAUCAUCACAUUGAACCGAACAGAUGGAAAACCAAUGUCAGAUAGAUUUAAUUUUAAUGGAUCUUGUGUAAUACAACUUAAAGGGGCUCGUGCUGAAGAUCAGGGCACAUAUGUCAUCAUGGCAAAAAACAAGUACGGAUCUAGCAGUAAGGAAUUAAAAAUACAUAUAACAGGCUUAGAGAAACCCAUUUUGGACCCUGAUAGUGAUGAAAUAUCUACUGAAAGAAAACGUAAAGAACUAACUUGUCCCCUGCAGAAGGGGUACCCUCCUCCGAUAGUCAAAUGGUACAAAGAUGGAAUAUAUUUGGAUCAUAAAAAUCUUUCGAAACUGCAUGCAAAACAGUACCCAAAUAGAUCACUCAUUAUUUCUUAUAUUCAACCUGUACACAAAGGCUUGUAUGAAUGCAGAGUGUCUAAUCUUGGAGGAGAAAACAAGAGGAAAGUAAACUUAACGGUGCUCAGUACGUAUACGUAAUAAUGAAAAUUCUACACA